AAGUACACAGGUUAUGUAGUGGUGUGGUGGUAAUAUGAGAUACAUGGAUAACAUGUGGAGAUGGAGGAUGGCUGAGCAUUGGAGUGACAGACCACAUGUUGGCAGGGGUCAUGGGACCGUGGUGAUGGAAGUCUACUGGGGGACGUUCUGGCCCUCUGAUCCUUCUAUAUUCUCCAUUUCUCUGUUAUAUUGACCAGACUACUGGGCGCCUACUGGGCGCUUUGACACACUAGAUUUAUAGUUUACCCAUUCCACUAGAAAAGCAUACAUACCAGAGAAAUAUGCCUGGGGUGGCUGGACACUAAUGAACAAGAAACACAUAGUCUGCUGAUUCCAUUUGAGUGAAACUGACCAGACACAUAGACGCCUAUAAGCAAUUGGAUGCCCUAGAGAGGGGGGGGCACAAAGAGUGCAUUGAUUUAGUGGUGAAGGGAGGGUCCGGCCACCAUUAUAAACUGAUUGAAGGCAGAUGGUGGGGGAUGACUUCAUAGGGGACGGACAAUACUAUGUGGGUAUAAAUAAAAAGGACUGGACUUCUGAGAGGGGGGUUCGGUGGGACAUUCGAGAUGGUCAUACUAUUGUAAAUAAAAGCAUGUUUUUGAUUUCACAAGUUCUGAUAAAGCGUUAUAUUUCUGAGAUGAUUUUCCACGACAUAUUUGGCGAGCUGAGCCAGGAGGGACAGGGACUGAGAUAUGGCGAUCAGGGCUGGAGAUAGUUUCUUUGGACAAUCUUGCAAACACUAUGGCCACAACUAUAAAAAGGUAAGCUUGUUCUUACAUAGUUGAAAUGUUUGUAUGGAUUGCUUCAGAGAUUCUGUCUCAGCGAGAGGGGCGCCAUGUAAGUCUCUCUUUCAAAUUUCCUAAAAAGAAACCAGUAAAAACGAAAGAACUUUUGAAUUCAAAUAAAUGUGCAUGUAUGUGUAAUUUGGGGAAUUGUAUUAAAUAUAAAUGCAUGUGCAUGUAUAGAGAAUGAGUGAAUAGGCGAUGUGAACUUUGCUUGUGUUAGGUGUUUAGUGGAGCAUGCGCUCAUUCUGAUUAGACCGUUCGAAUGUGUAGCUUAAAUGAUGUGCUUGUUUGUGCCAUCUGGCUGAGAUGGCUGGCUAUAAUGUGGGACAGCCCAUACGGUAAAAACAGAUAAUGUAGGUAGAAAAUCCUGUGAUACCUCUUCAAUAAAAUUAGUAGAAGGAAUGCUUGGACAGGUUACUUAUGAAUAACGGCUCUAAAGAUAACAGAGAACUGCAUAAAUAAGUAGUUAGAAAGCCACCGCUCUUUAAAAAAGGAACAUUUUUAAAGAGGUCUGAUUGGGUGGAUAUUUAGUAAAUAAAUACUUCAUGGCUACCGCCCCAGAACGGGGGACUGAACGGAUGAAUAUUUAGAAGGCAGGAAAAACGUUAGCCCGAUUGUGCGGCGUUCAACUGCAAAAGUAGCUUAUAAAUAUUAGGUUGUAGGAAAAACGUUAGCCCGAUUGUGCGGCGUUCAACUGCAAAAGUAGCUUAUAAAUAUUAGGUUGUAGGAAAACGUUUGCCCGAUUGUGCGGCGUUCAACUGCAAAAGUAGCUUAUAAAUAUUAGGUUGUAGGAAAAACGUUUGCCCGAUUGUGCGGCGUUCAACUGCAAAAGUAGUUUAUAUGGUCAAAACAUAAAUCAGUAGUUAAAUAAAUAUUUCAUGGUUAACGCUCUGAAAGGAGGACUGUACGGAUGAAUAUUUAGGACGUUUGCCCGAUUGUGCGGCGUUCAAAUGCAAAAGAAAUCCUGCGAAUAAAAAACCGCUCUGUCUAGCUAACAGGGUUUUGUAAUUCAGUAGGUCACGCCACAAUACUACUUUAAUAAAAGAAGAAAAGAUCAGUAUUGGGGGGUGGGUAGGAUAUGAAGACAAGCUGAUCCGAUUAGACAGUAGUCUCUCGUCAUAUCGUAGAAAUCCUAUUAGCCUAGGCUUAUGUUGAAGAAAGGGAUUAAGUCAAUAAAGAAAGAACUGAGUUGUUUUGAGGUAAAAACAAAGGGAUUGAAUGAACGGAUGAAACAUAAAAGGAUGAAUGAUAAUGUUGUAAGAAAUGAGUAGAUCUGUGUAGAGAUAGAACAUUAGGAAGAAAGAAAGGACAGGUUGGGUUGUGUGUGUGUCUGUGACCAACUGCUGGUAGGAAGAGGCAUGCGCAAGCCUCUCUGACAGUUAACUGAGUGUAAUUUGAGAAGGAGAGUGCAGUUAACUGCUAUUAGGCAGAUGGAAUGAAAUUAAGGAACAUCGAAGUAAAAUAAGUUAUAAUCAAGGAUAAAAACACUGAUGUGAUAAAGUAAUAAGCGACCAUAGUAGAAUACUAAAAAAGGUGUUAAAAUAAAUAACCAUAAAGAUAAUAAAAGAGGAUUAAACCAAAUAGUGUGUAACAAGACAGAAAGUAGAAUCGUCGAUAAAUUGAAAUUGUACUAUAAAGUUAAAAACGAAUCUAGGUUAGUUAAAUAGUGAUAAAUAGUGAUAAAUAGUGAAAUUCAGGACAGAUUAAGGAUUCACGAACGGUGUAACAAAGGAAGAGGAAAAAACAGGCCGUCGAUCACUCUGUACCCACAGAGACUGCGGUCUAAAAAUAGCCUGAAGGACAGAGACCAGAAUAUGAGAGGUUUGUUUCACUAAAACCAUGAAUCGGGAAUUAAACAGUAAAAUGGGAUAAAAGACAAUGAAAUAAUAAGACUAUAGGUAAGAAAGUAUAGACAAAAUAAAUUUAAUAAAGGUAAAAGUAAGACGUUAGAUAGAGAUCUUAACGGAGCGGGCAGUGGACUGGUGUGACUGAGUUGGUAGAGCAUGGUGCUUGCAACGCCAGGGUUGAGGGUUAAAUUCCCAUGGGGGACCAGGAUGAAUAUGUAUGAACUUUCCAAUUUGUAAGUCGCUCUGGAUAAGAGCAUUUGCUAAAUGACUUAAAUGUAAUGUAAAUGUAAUCAUAAAAUUGAUUAGAAUUAUAAAAGGAAUAAAUAAUGAUAUCUGUAAAGGGGAAAACACAGUGAUAUUUGAAGUAUUGUACUAGAAUAAGACAUUAAGUCAUCUGUAGUAUUCAGAAAUAAUGUCUGUACUAUAUAGAGCGUGGUUUGAGAAGAGAAAUUAAGUGAUGUGACAAAUGCAUUUUUAAUUGGAAAGGGGAUUCGCUCUACCUUGGAAAAAUAGUAAAUAAAAGGUGUAUAAUACAUGGGAGUAUUUAGGAAAAAUAAAUAAAUAAUUAGUGGCAUGACAACAAAAUGACUGUUUCCAUAGAAUAGGGAGAGAAGGACACUAUUACCUGAUAAACAGGAUAAAUAGGACAAGGGAAUUAAACAGUCACAUGGGACCAAAAUGUGAAGCUCGAUUUGCAGGCGUUCUGAUGUCAACAUUCUAUCAUCAGAAAAUACAUUGCGAUGGGGGUGUGUGUGUGGUUCCUCUAAUCCUCGCAGACGUGCGGGUGAUUGGCAGAACUAUUGACAAGAUCUAAGAACCAAUAAGAAAAUAGCUCUCUGUUCUGGAUAUAGGUAUAUCGGGUAUGGGAAAAUUAGUGUAAUGUGACAUUAGAACUUAGUACGGUAGUAGGAAAUGCCGCUAUACAAGAGUUUAUAUCCUUGUCAAAAUAACAAACAACUAAUCGGUUUGAGGUUAGUGAGAAUGGAAUUUUUUACUUGUCGUUGUAUAGUCUCUGAGCGAACAAUGAGUGUUUCAUAGAGAUUACAGUUUAUAUGUGGUCAAGAAGAAGUAUUAGAUCACGUUUGACUUGACAUCUAGUAGAGUAACGACGGAAUUUUAAUUGUUAGACAUUCUAUACCACAAUUCUCUGGAACUGUUAAAGACGCUUUAGAAUAAAAUCUAUGGAUAAGUAAAAUUAUUGGUUUGCUGACUAAAAGGUAACAUUGUGAAUAUUAACGAUAUGUACACUUUCUUUUCCAGAACCAAUAAGGGAAAAAAAAGGGUUUUCAAUCUUCUCUGGUCAACAAUGUCAUUGGAGACUAAUUAACUGCUUUCCACAGUAGUUAAAGUCAGCCGCUUUAAAAAUAAAAAUAUCUGGAUAAGGCUAAAACAUGGAGUUCUGGAUGAGUGAGUCCAGUUCGUUUGCUAUUAUUGGCUUAUGAUUCUCUAGUGAGUACACCAUGUACUGGGAAUGAAUAUGCAUUAGUAGAUAUAUUGGAAGGGUUUUUUCCAAUUCAGUUUCAAAUUGGGUAUGCAAAAGGAUGAACAUGUUUUUGAAAAAUGUAUUUAAGUUGCUCCUAAAGAAAGGGGGAGUGGAAACAUAUUAAUGGUGUCAAAAUGCCCUGAAUCCUAGGAAUUUCCUGUGAAAGACUGAUCACCUUUUACUAGAAAUUGUUGGAACAGGUGGGAUUUACUUAUAAAAUGUUUAAGACACCAGACUCUAUUCAAACUGUAUAAUUACUUUGAAAAUCUAUUAUGUCCCUGGGAAAAUUAUGAAGAGUUGUACCCUUAAAUUGAAUAAGUUAUUCAAAUAGGUUUAUUUUAAUUUUUAUUUUUGAUAUAACAUGGGUUCAUAGGUAAAACUAUCAGUUCCUUGGGGUUAUGGUCUUUGGGUAAAUACACAAAUGUGGUUUGUUCAUUAUGCAUAUAAAAAGUGUUGAAAGUUAUUCCAACGGGUUUAUUGGAGUGUGGGUUUGUGAGGGUUUUUGUUGAUAAAUACAUCAUCUGUAAUUCAUCUGAGAGAACACUGGUGGAAUAAGGGAGUUAUCAUAAGAAGGUGACGUCAGAAUGCUUUAAGGCAUGGGAGAGAAUAUCACUACAAGUGGGUGUGGAGCUCAAACCCACCCUAACCGACUGAACAGUGAGGGACAACUGUGUCUGAUGACCUGUGUACUGUAUCUAAAAAAAAAAGACAUGCUGAAAUGAUAUGGGCCAGGGAGAGUAAUGACUUAAAGGAUUGGGGUACUGAUCUUUUUAUUAUCAGGCCACAAAUGAGAGAAAAACUGAGACAACGGGGCUAUUGGAAAAUAGAUAAUACUGGUAUUUAAAGUGUUUAGUAUAAAUGUUCAUUAUUAAAGGGAUGAUCUGUAUUGAAUAGAUAAGGUCAAAUUUGAGUUAAAGUAAACACUAAGGACUGUUAUCCUGAUUAUUGGGUUGGAAAAUGUAUUUAAGAAAUAACUGUUUAGUUAUUUAGAUAUAGAACUGUUUAAAUUUAAUAGGCCUAGGGAAGCUCUGGAAACUAAUCCUGAGACAAGGUGGUUGACAAAACUUACAGAAUAUUAGAUUAAAGUUUUUUAUUUUUUAUUUUUUUUGUUUUAUAAUGUCAUUGGAAUUGGAAUGAUAAAAUCUAAUGUUUAAUUGAAUAAAAAGAUAGUAUGUUGUGCGAUGAUACCCAAGAAUGAAGAAGAAAGAGACCAAUAAUAACAGGGGCAUAGAAUGAAACAGAUGGACGUUUUCUCCAGGUUUAAUUACAUUACGAAUAGUGGAAAUUUAUUGCAAAUGUGUAAUUAUUAUAAUUUUUUUUUCUCUUUUUCUCGUUUGGUCAAUUUAUUUUUGUUUUGAGGAACAUAAGGUUGUGUAUAUGUUCCUGAGGAGGGACUGAAAUUGAUAUAAAUGAUAUAUAAAUUGACUUAAGGAUGUUUUAAGUAUGUAUCAAACAAUGGCUGUUAUGGGUUAGGGGACUCAUAAAUGAAGGUAAUGGUAGUGAAGGGGUGUUAUUUCUAGAAACUAUGUAUAAUAAUAGAGAUAAUUCACAGAAAAGGAAAGACAGCUGACUGUGUAAAAUAUAGGGAAAAUUCUAAAGUAAAUAGAACAAUUCACAUAUCUAAAGAUAUGGUAAAAAUAAUAAGUGGUGGCAUUUUGAACACUAGAGCAAAAGUUUAAGAAACUUAUUACUUAGUUUUGAUAGGAUUGGAUAUUAAUCCAACUGGAAGACAUUUGACUGAUUACAUGUUAGUGUACAGCAGUUGAUGUAGGGAACAUCAUUUGACUAUCAUUGAAUAUUUCUGUGGCAGGAGGCCAGGUAUUUGAGGCAGAAUGGUUACAUAGGGCUGUUAUUAAAAAUUAAGAUUUAGUGAUUUUGCUAAUGUUGUCAGGAAAUAACCCAUGUGUUAGUGUGUAUGUCCUCAGGAAAAAACAGCCAGAAAUGGAAGGGCUUGGGCUGCAUUCUGGAGACUGAGUGUACAUCAAGAUACACCAGGCUGGUGGUAUAUUUCUUACAACACUGCAGUGGUAAAGUUCUUCAUGUCUCUCUUUGGUGGGUGCAUAAGUCUCACGAGAAGUAAGGUCCAGCUGAAUAAUGGGUGAGCUUGAAAACACCAUGACAGAGGAUGUGGAAUCAGAGAGAGAAAGAGAGAGAGACUAGAUUCCACUAUAGACAUACUGGGUUGAGUUUGGAGGCUACUUGUUUUAUUUUUAAUACAUCAUGUGAAAGAGAAUGGAUGAUAGGAUAUUAUACUCUAAACAAACAUGUUAAAGGGAUUGAUAUGAAAGCAUAUACAGUGUUGAAUUAAUUCAAGAAGAGAGAAUGUUAAUUGUAGAGUAUGCACAUGAUUAUCAGUUGAAAUGAAGUAGAUGGGAAACUAAGUAAAAAUGACAUGAUUUGGGAACACCUCUCAGAACCUGGGGCCGAAAGGGGAAGACUGGGUGGAAGCAUGAGGAAGCUUUUUAGGGCUUUUAUUUUUGUGGAGUCCAGCAGAAAAGUAUCCUGGAGGCAUAGAGUCAGGUAAAGAGAGAGUGGGAAUUGUCAUGGUUUCAGAUUUCAGUUUGCAUGAAUAUAUUUAUGCAUAACACAUAACAUUGUCAAUGCUGUUAUGUUUUGUCUGUUGUUUUCCAAGUCUUAUGUUUAGGAAACCAGAAGGAGAGGGGUUCGCCAGCUUCAGCUGGAAUGUCUGUUUGUUGUGUGAUGAGUGAUGGAAGUAAGAGGAUGUAUGGUGCAAUCAUAGAACAGAGGCCAUAAGUCUCUAAGUAUGAAUGCUUCACAGAAAGUAGGCAGAAACCUGAACCAGGAUGAGAGGUUCUGCGUCUGAUGAUCCAAGGGGACCAGAAGGACCUCUCCCAGUGAUACCAGGAGAUCUAGUCCACGUUGGAGGGAUCCGGAGGAAGUGGGAUCAACCGAGGAGAGAUGGACCCUAUGAGGUGGCCAAAGCAACAAGAAUGGCCGUCCAAGUGAAAAGAAGCCAGACGUGGUACCAUCUGAACCACUGCAGCUGAGUCCCAACAGAGAGAAGGAUACAACCACAUAGAGAUGAGGACACAGAGGAUGCUGAUUCACCAGGAGGGAGCCUGGAGGGAGCAGGAGCAGCGGAAACGAUUGAGACGCCAGGGAGGAGCCAAGAAAACAGCAAAUCAAGUGAAAGCCAAAAUACGACAAGUGCAUCGACUAAUGCACCCAGAAGAGGAGGAGAGGCCUCACAAGGAACAGAAUGAGAACAUCUUUUCCCUAAAAAUUGAAACCUUCCAGAUGGAAGUUAAGUCUGGCCUGAGGAGGGAGCCUCAGGUGAAGAAAGAGGAGGAAAAGUCCCGCAAGCUGAAGAAAAUGGGGAUUACCCUACAAUUGACUUUUAAACUUUUGAAUGGCCUCCUUUACAGACAAUUGAUGUUAGAACAACAAAAGAAUAAUGACAUUGACAUAACAGAAGCAACAGUGAAUGCUAGUAUAGAAACAACAGACUAAUGCACAAUCAAGAUGUAUGGUGGGAGCAGGAAGAGAAGAAUGGAAUCAGCCGAACAAUCCAAAAAGACUGACAAGGUUAGAAUCUAUGUUCCACCUCAAUUUAUAACAGAAGUAGGAGAACUGAAGUCUAUCUCAAUCAUAAGGAUCAAACCCUUAUCGGAGAUUGCACUCUGUGGAUGGACAUAUCACCAAACAAAGGGACAAGUCGUUUGGGAUCCGAAAGGAUGUGACCUGACAUUAAUCGAAGAAAAAGACGAGAGGGUGCUCAUCAUGAAUCAGAUUGAACCAGUUGAAGGUGAAGAAUUAAUAGUUGAAAUAACAAGAACAACAGUGACCGAAGGGAGUAGCACCACUGUCAUUAAGAUUGAUCCUACCCCUGCACAUGAACAGGAAGAACCUGUGACAACAACAAGGGUGGCGGCUGCUGUGACGAUCACAGUAGCUACCACUAGAUGACAUCGACUGCCUUUACCAAGCAGACCACCGUGCCAACAAAGCAACCUGAGACAUCAGAGUCAGGAGAGUUUUUUACUGACAUUUGGAACUUUCUGAUAAACUCUAAUGAUCUACCUCAAGAUAAGAACAUUGAAAAAGCAACAGAAUUAGAUAUAUCAGAAUCAGAACCACUCAAGGACACCACAUGAGAAGAAGUAGUGAAGAAGGAGUGAUACGAAUGGGCUAAGUAUAUGGCAAACAGACACAGAAUGGACAAUUGUAUUUUGUGAAGAAAAUCACCUUGGUCUGAUCUUUUAAUAGUCUCUGAACCAGAAUCAUGUAAAAACUGUGUAAGUUGUAAAAAUGACUAUUGUACCAAUAGAAAGUAUUCUAUUCCCUUGUGUGACAUAAAAUGUAGGAUUGUUCUGGGUAAGUACUAGGGGUAAAACUAUGUUGAAUGAGACCAUGAUGGGAGACAAUGAUUGUGUUGCCUAUAAUAUUAGAACUGAAUUAAAUGCACCUCAAUUAGACAGAGGUACCGUGGUUAAAGGAAAAUAUGAAUGUUUUUACAGACACCACACCGAAGGAAUUGAUGUAGGAAACACCACUGUAGAAUGUGAUACUAUUUGGGUGUUAGAGAAUGCGGGAGUUCGUAAAAGUAAUGAUAAAGGGUUGAUUAUGAAUAGAAAAGAGUUGUGUAGUUACAUAACUCAGGUUGCGCCAUCUCUUACUAUGUUGAAAAUUCAAGACAGAGGUAUUGCUGAUAGUUUCUGGAUGUGUGGAAAAAACUAACUGUUGAAUGUAUUGUCUGAUGGAUGGAUUGGUCUUUGUGCCUUAGAGCAAUUAAAUAGGUUACGAUUAUUAAAUCACCCCAUGAUGACUAUGUAAAACCUAGAGUUAAAAGGGCUUAUGAGAAGGAUCCUGAGGUAUACCUUAAUGCAAUUGGACUGCUUAGAGGUCUACCUAGGGAUUUCAAGGCCAGAGAUGAGGUUAAAUCAGGAUUUGAAUCUAUAUUUUUGUGGAUAACACCAAAUUAGAACUUAGAGUGGAUUAAUUUUAUUGGCUAUAACCAACAGGGAUUCAUUAACUAUACUUAAUUGGCUCUUAGUGGAGAAGGGUGGAGUUUGUGUCAUGUUUGGGGAUGACUGUUGCACCUUUAUUCACAAUAUUGCUAUGGCCAAAUUCAAAGGAUUAUGAGCAGAAGUAAAGGCUAAUGCUGAUGAAAAUGUAAUGAAAAUGUUUAGACUCUCAUGUAUGAAUUUGGUUGGAUCUAGCGUUAAGAAAGUGGGAAGCCCAGGCAAUUAUACCAAUAAGUAUGGAAAGCCUUGUAAUGCGGUUGGAGGACCUCUUGACUGCCCCUUUGGUAACCAUAACUGUCUCUAUGAAGUGAUUGGGGGUGGGGGAGGGGGGGUCAUGCGUGUCAUGGUUUCCAUGUAUAUGUUCAAUUACCCAGUUCAGAUUAAUGUUUACUCAUACAUGUCCACAAAAAGUGUAAUUUGCGUCACAAUUGCAAGUGGUGUACAAAAAUUCAUGAGGAUGGUCAUUAUCAUCACCUAGAACCUUUUUUCUGUGCCAAGUGUCAAAAAGGAGAUUGUUUUAUUUGUAAGGAUGAGGACUGUGCUCCUAGAUAAUGGGGUUUAGCAUUUUUAUUUUGCAUAAUGCUUUGUGUUCUUUGUAUGUUUCUUUGAAUUUUUAUAUAUAUAUCGAUGAACAUAUAUAUUUUCUUUUAAUUAAAGUUAGUUUUGCCUUCUAAAAAUAGGAUCAUUUUACAAAAACAUGUUAGGUGACAGAGGGUAUUCCGGUUACAAGUGUCUAUGGACCAUGUAUUAAAUCAUCUAACAAAGGUUGGUAGGUGUCUGCACGGGGGGAUAAUGUUGAAAUGUUUUGUCUAGUUAGGUUUUUAUUAAUGUUUCUAAUUGGAUCUUUUACUCCUAUUUUAGUUUUAAUCAUUUGGAGAUGUUUGGUCUAGUUGGUUUAUGUGCUUUAUUCUGUUUUUGUAUUUUCUUGUACAUCGUAGGUAUUCUCAUUUACUUUCCCAAAGUCUUAUUUUGUAUCAUUUAUGUGGCUAAUUAGCCCCAGAUGGGGGAUUGUAGUGGUGUGGUGGUAAUAUGAGAUACAUGGAUAACAUGUGGAGAUGGAGGAUGGCUGAGCAUUGGAGUGACAGACCACAUGUUGGCAGGGGUCAUGGGACCGUGGUGAUGGAAGUCUACUGGGGGACGUUCUGGCCCUCUGAUCCUUCUAUAUUCUCCAUUUCUCUGUUAUAUUGACCAGACUACUGGGCGCCUACUGGGCGCUUUGACACACUAGAUUUAUAGUUUACCCAUUCCACUAGAAAAGCAUACAUACCAGAGAAAUAUGCCUGGGGUGGCUGGACACUAAUGAACAAGAAACACAUAGUCUGCUGAUUCCAUUUGAGUGAAACUGACCAGACACAUAGACGCCUAUAAGCAAUUGGAUGCCCUAGAGAGGGGGGGGGCACAAAGAGUGCAUUGAUUUAGUGGUGAAGGGAGGGUCCGGCCACCAUUAUAAACUGAUUGAAGGCAGAUGGUGGGGGAUGACUUCAUAGGGGACGGACAAUACUAUGUGGGUAUAAAUAAAAAGGACUGGACUUCUGAGAGGGGGGUUCGGUGGGACAUUCGAGAUGGUCAUACUAUUGUAAAUAAAAGCAUGUUUUUGAUUUCACAAGUUCUGAUAAAGCGUUAUAUUUCUGAGAUGAUUUUCCACGACAGUUACUGCAGGUUUCCUUUAGGUUUGAGCCUCUGGUUGCCAUGGUUCAUUGACUCUGGUCAAUGCUAUGCAGUGUGCGUGUGCGCUUUACCAAGUCACAACAGGUGUUGUUUUGGAAUUGUGCUUUCAUGUAUGAGUUCUGACAUUUCAGGCUUGCAAUGUAAGUAUUGUUCUUGGAACCGUAGGGUCUAUGGACUUGGGCUGUAGUGGCGGCGUGUCAGUGUUCAUUGCCAAGUUGCAGCAGGUUCUGGUUCCCUAUAUGAGGCUGUGACAGUUCAGCCCUCAUGAUGCUCUGACAGUUCAGGUGUCUUGGUUAAGUUUUAGGGAAAACAUUUUUUGAAGCCGGUGGAACCUGUAUGUGUUUGGGCUGCCAUGGGCCUCCUAGUUUGGUAACCUCUGAGCCGGCUUGGGGCGUGAUUGUAUGUCCCCGUAGAAUGUUACACAGAGUGACCGACUGAAAGGAAGUGUACAGGACCAGUAUCCCUUCUUUCUUUUCUAUCCAAAACUUUUGAACGUGCCGUCCUUGGCCAGCUUUCCUGCUAUCUCUCUCAGAAUGACCUUCUUGAUCCAAAUCAGUCUGGUUUCAAGACUAGUCAUUCAACUGAGACUGCUCUUCUCUGUGUCACGGAGGCUCUUCUCACUGCUAAAGCUAACUCUCUCUCCUCUGCUCUCAUCCUUCUAGACCUAUCGGCUGCCUUUGAUACUGUGAACCAUCAGAUGCUCCUCUCCACCCUCUCCGAGUUGGGCAUCUCCGGCGCUGCCCACGCUUGGAUUGCGUCCUACCUGACAGGUUGCUCCUACCAGGUGGCGAAUCGCAUCUCUGCAUGUCUGGCAGACAUAUCAGUGUGGAUGACGGAUCACCACCUCAAGCUGAACCUCGGCAAGACGGAGCUGCUCUUCCUCCCGGGGAAGGACUGCCCGUUCCAUGAUCUCGCCAUCACGGUUGACAACUCCAUUGUGUCCUCCUCCCAGAGCGCUAAGAACCUUGGCGUGAUCCUGGACAACACCCUGUCGUUCUCAACUAACAUCAAGGCGGUGGCCCGUUCCUGUAGGUUCAUGCUCUACAACAUCCGCAGAGUACGACCCUGCCUCACACAGGAAGCGGCGCAGGUCCUAAUCCAGGCACUUGUCAUCUCCCGUCUGGAUUACUGCAACUCGCUGUUGGCUGGGCUCCCUGCCUGUGCCAUUAAACCCCUACAACUCAUCCAGAACGCCGCAGCCCGUCUGGUGUUCAACCUUCCCAAGUUCUCUCACGUCACACCGCUCCUCCGCUCUCUCCACUGUUUCCAGUUGAAGCUUCGCAUCCGGUACAAGACCAUGGUGCUUGCCUACGGAGCUGUGAGGGGAACGGCACCUCCGUACCUUCAGGCUCUGAUCAGGCCCUACACCCAAACAAGGGCACUGCGUUCAUCCACCUCUGGCCUGCUCGCCUCCCUACCUCUGAGGAAGUACAGUUCCCGCUCAGCCCAGUCAAAACUGUUCGCUGCUCUGGCACCCCAAUGGUGGAACAAACUCCCUCACGACGCCAGGACAGCGGAGUCAAUCACCACCUUCGGGAGACACCUGAAACCCCACCUCUUUAAGGAAUACCUAGGAUAGGAUAAAGUAAUCCUUCUGACCCCCUUCUGACCCCCGCCCC